AUGAUAGAACCAGUGAUUAUUUCCUCUGGGGUGUUUUCUGAUGAAGAUUUUGGAAUAAGUGCUGGAUUUACCAAUAAAAUACAUGUUCCACAGCCAUCUGACAUUUUCCAUUGUGCUGGAAAUUCAUUAUUGCGACCAAGGUCUUUAACACAAAUGAAUGGACCUGGAAUAUUCACUCAAGAGUCACCUACAUAUAACGGUAUGUACUCUCCAAUUACCAUUGAUAGAUCUCUCAGAAACCUCAAGGGCAACCUUGAAGACAGUGAAAAUAGAUGUUCCGUGCUCAAGCAUAAGCUCAAAGAGGCUCAGAGCACACUAGAUCUACAGAAUGACAGACUCCAUAGGAUAGAACAUGCAUCUCGAGAAAACUCGCUACUGGUAGAAGACCUCAAGCAAAGAGAGAAUGAGUACAAGAGGAGAAUUGAUUCUUUACAGUUAUCUGAACAGGAGAAGGACAAACUCAAAACAGAAAACAUGAAAAUCCGACAAAAAAUGCAAGAACGUGUCAACAAACUCGAUGUUGCCUUACGCACUGCUCAAGCUCAGCACCAGGUUGCUGAAAAUGAUAAUCAAAAACGCAUUGUGUUGCUAGAACAAUCCUCUCAAGCUUUGAACAUCAUUGAAGCUGAAAACAUAGGUUUAAAACAGGACCUAAAAGACAUACAGAAAGAUUUGGCCAUUGCUAGAGAGUCUGUCAACAUUGCCAAGACUCAAUCUGAGCAAACUGAGGAGGAAAACAGGGAUUUGAGAUGUAAAAACUCCAAAAUCAAAGAAGAGAAUGACGAUUUGUCAAGAAAAAUUUCAGAAUUAUCUGGUCAGUUACUAGAGCUUAGAAAAGUUACCCAGUCAAUGAAGAAAGAAAAUGAAAAGCUGGCAAAUGCUUGGAAAUCAGAAGCCGAGGGAAAACACAGACUUUCAAAACAAGUAGAAAAAUUGGAAGAGAAGAAAACAGCCUUUAAAUCUCAAGCUCUUGCAGCUUCAUCAGAGAAAGAUAGACUGUUCCAUGACAAAAUGGAUCUAAACAAUAAAUACCAGCAACUUCUAAUUGACAAAGAGGCUCUGACACAGAUAAAAAUUGCCCAAACUGAUCAACUCAAUGAGCAGCAAGCAGAUAUAGCUAAAUUAAAGACAGUUUUGGAGAGAAGUGAUGAGGAAAGAAGGAAAAAACAAGCAGAAGUUGCCGAACUUAAAGGACUUAAUGAUAAUCUUGGUGCAGAACUGUCCGCUGUGAAAAAAUUCAAUGAAAAGUCAUUAGACCAAAUUACUUCCCUUGAAAAAGACAAAACAGAGCUUGAAAAACAGUGUGAAAUAACAAAUAAAGAAUGUGACCGACUUAAAGUAGACAUUGAAAAACUAAGCAGGCAGCUCCUAAGUGUUGGGUAUUACUCCAGAAUGGUUGCAGAAACAAAAAGUCAAGCCUUGAAAAAAGACAAUCAAGAAAUGGAGGGACUAAUUUUGAAAUUAAAGAAUGACAUUCGCAGUUAUAAAGAUGAAAAUAAUUUGUUGGUCAGUAAAAUAGAUGAACUAUCAGUGAAGCUCAACAAAGCUGAUGAAGAUUUGAAACAUGCUGCUUUGACAAGUCAGGAGGAUCUGGAGACCUUGAAGACCACAUGUGAGCGCUUGACCUCCUCCAUUAGUCAGAAGGAUUCUGAGAUUCAAGUGCUUUCAGAUAAGUGUUUGGAACUGGAAGAUCUCACUGCAAAACUUCAAUCUGAAAAUCAUGACCUGAAAGAAGACAACAGGGCCUUAGUAGAACACUAUGAAGAUGUGAAAAGAUUAAAAGAUGAGCACAAAAGAUUCAUUCAAGCAAAUGCUGAAAAUGAACAAGUCAUUAAAUUGCUUGAAACCCAAAAUGAUGUGCUAAGGCAAAGCUCUGAAUCCCAACUAGCCAAACUACAUGAUGUAGAACUAUUAGUUAUCCGAGCUGAACAGCUUCACCAUGAUAAUGAACACUUAAUGGAGCGAGUGGCAGAACUGGAAAAGAUUCGAGAUAAUUUGGUGACCCAAAAGGAAGAACUGCUUGCCAAUACUGAGCUUAUUUAUAAGAAUCCUCAAAUAGAAGAGCUAAAAGACAAAGUAGAUGAGCUGCAAAAAACAAAUAAACAACUAAGGGAUGUGAAUGACUCAGUCAAUGAAAAGUGUGAAACCUUGGAACAUAUUAAUAUGGAACUCAAAGAAGCAGUAGGGGGUGAUGGAACUGUUGUACCAAAAACUGAACUUUUCCGAGUUCAAGAAGAAAGAUGUCGUUUAGAGGAUGAUAUUAUCCAAGUUCAACACAAAUGUGAAGCUUUGAGAGAAGAACAUGAACAAUACUUGAAAGAGUAUGGACCUGAAGGGGAAGAGACCCUGAGAUGGCAGCAAAAAGUGAAAACUUUAGAGAGGGAGAAAGAAGGUCUUGAAAAACAAGUAGCCCUCAUCAAUGGCCAACUUUUGUUGGUUGAAGGUAGCAAAAAGAGACUGGAUGAAGUUGUUGAAGACCUGCAGCAUGAGAUAGUACACCUAAGGAAAGAGUUAGAGGAAGCUGAGAAACAAGAGGCUAAUAGAAUAUUCCAAGGCAGAGUUAGUGGAGACGUAUCUGAACUAGAGUCAGAAUUAGAAGUUCUCCGAGGUGAACUCAGCCAGAGUAAAAAGGACAAAUCCAAGACUGAGCAGAUGAUUCGGUCUCUUAAGGAAGAACUGGAAGAGGAGAGGACUAAGAAGCCUGCACAGUUCAAAGAAUCCCUGGAUGAUGUUGGCUCUGAACUGACCUCCAUGAGAGGAGAGCUCCACAAACUGGUUGGAGAAAUUGAAAGGAAGGAGCAGACAAUCGUCACACUUGAAAAUCAGCUUCGUCAAUCUAAAGAAAAGAUUGAAGACAAAGAUAAAGUAGUGAGAGAACUGAAAGCAGUGAUGGACAGAAAUUCUCUGGCAAUGCAUAGCCUUGAAUAUACAAAACCAAAGACUGAGGAAACAAGAAUCUCUGAUCCAGUGUCAAGAUCCAAAAGUUUGACAGAACGAGGAGCUGGAGAUAGACUGCAGUCACUCAUAGCGAGAUACAAAGACUAUGGUGAAGCAGGGACACAAGCUGAACGGAGAAUCAAACCCCUUUCUCUCUCUGGCAACAACACCAAGAAAGGUCUCGUAACACGUGAUAAAAAAUGA